AUGAUAUCCCCGAAAGCCUAUUCACACAACGCCGGUUCACCGCCAGGUCCGAGCAAUGGAGCCAAGCGCAAGCGCAGAAUGUACUCAUGCUAUGAAUGUCGACGACGAAAAUUACGCUGUGAUCGUACAUACCCGGUUUGCAGUCGAUGUCAAAAAGCAGGAUACAGCGACUGUAUUUAUGAUGGGCCUCCACCCUCCACUUCUGCUCCCCUUGCAGCUUCUGAGGGCCCCGCACAACUCAAUGCCCCGGUGCCUGUGGGUAGGGCUAACUAUGAAAAUCUUCAACAGCCGGCGCCUGCUUUAGGUAAAAGCUCACUGACGAGCUUGGAAGCGGACCAGAAUACUGGUACCUGGCAGCUUCUUAAUGGGCGGGGGGCUUUCUCGGCUAAUCUUAAGAAUGAACGACCUGCGGUUAAGGGAGAUAAUGAGGAGCCUGCGUUCCCUGGUCGAACGCGUGAUUCUAUACGAAAUGUUAUCUUUCGUGGAGAGAAUUUCAGGACUCAGUAUUAUGGUGGGAGUAAUCCGACUAGUUUGAUCGGUCAUUUUCCUCAACUUCGUUCCUUCAUGAAAGAAGCGAUCAAGUAUCAAAAGUCGCUUUAUAAAGUUCAACAUGACUUGAAGACUCGACAUAAAAAAUGGAAAGUGGAGAAAAUCAACACAUUGUCCACACCUCAACUGGAUUUCACAUACCUUCUCCCCGAUCAGAGAACAAUUGAUGAACUUGUCCACCGAUACUUCACUACCUUUGAGUCUGUCUACAGAAUUAUGCAUGGCCCGAGCUUCUGGGAAGAAUAUGCCAAAUUCACCGCUAACCGUCUAUCAACAUCAUCUGCUUUUGCGGUCCUCGUCUUACUGAUAAUGGCCACUGCGAGCUGCAUUUCACGCAAUGAACAAAAUCUGUACAUUGGAGAUAGUUCACUGGGCCGAGAGCGUGCAAUAAUGUGGAUCGAAGCCUCUGAAUCCUGGCUCAGAUCUCACAGUCAGAAGAACGUAUACUUGGCCGUCUGGCAAAUCCGCUGUCUCUUGGUUUUAGCAAAACUGGUGAAUACAGUUAAGAAAAAGCGACAUUGGACCGAAGCCGGAAAUCUAGUGCGAGAAGCAAUGGCAGCAGGGAUGCAUCGUGAUCCGGGCCUUUUGGGUGAAAAGGUCUCCGCGUUCGACCGGGAAAUGAGACGGCGAUUAUGGGCCACAAUGACUGAACUGGAACUUCAGGCUUCGAUUGAUCGUGGAAUGACAUCUACAUCAGCGGGAGCUUUCGCUGAUACGAAAGGCGUUUUGAAUCUGGAAGAUAAGGAUCUUAUUGAUGAACCUGAUGGAUUGGAUACACAACGACCGGUGACAGAGUACACUGCGAGUUCGUUCCUCUAUUUCUCUCAUGCUAGCUUCCCUCUGCGCGUGUCCUUGAACUCGGUGGUGAACGAUAUGGGCUCUCCGCUGCGAUAUGAGGAAGUCAUGCAUUAUGAAGAGCUUAUCACCAAGGAGCUUCAGAAACUUCCCCCGUGGAGUUCUGUUAGGUCCCAGCCAAACGAGGGUGGACUCUCCCUGGUGGCAAGGACUCUUCUUGAUGUUCAACUCCGACAAUUUUUGAUCCUGUUACAUGCACCCUUCGCUCGGCAAGUUGAAAGCACUUCUCGACAUUCCUUCUCCAGGAUGGUUUGUUUCGAAGCCGCAUCCAUUAUUAUCGACCAAUACGCUCGACUCGGCGAAUACAAUAACCUGAUGCUGUUACUACUCCGACACGAUUACUUCCGGGCAGCAUUGGUGAUAUGCCAAAAUUCGUACAUUUCAAUCACUCUUCAAACCACAGAUGAUCUCCUUCUAAGCUCCAACACCCCGAUGUUCAUAGAUUACCUUGAAAAAGCCCUAUCAAUGCUCGAAGACCGUAUUGUACAAAUCGGCACAGGAUACACUCACCACUGGUAUAUCUCGGCCGGGCGUGCUCUUCUGAGAUUAACACUUUCGAUGGAUCAGUCAGUCCAUGAAAGUGGACAGGCUGUUGACCGGGUCGCAAGACAAUAUUACCGAGUGAUGUCUUCGCAGGUUGAAAUGGAACUUGCGAAGGAGAAGAUUAUAUCACUUCCCGAAAAUAGAGCUCUUUUCGAUCAAACGGAUAUGAAUGAUUUCUUCGGGGACCCAGAGGUCUGGGUAUUUGAUAGUCUGUACCCGAUGGAAACUAUGUAG